AUGAGUGACAGUUUAAGCAAGCUUACUCAGUUCGUUAAGCGGUGGUGGGAAGAUGAUUAUUAUGAGGAAUCGCAAUCAAGUGCCUCAGAACGAUGGAGCGGGCGAGGGCCAGAACACAAUAUGGCCCUGCAACAGAUACUUAAACUUCAGGAAGCAAGAGCCUUGCAUAAAACCUCGUUGCUUCCCAUUUAUAAGAAGAAUGAUAUGCCAUCACCUCCUAGUCAAAAUUACGAAGAAAUGAGAAACAAACAUGUAGACAACUCAGACGUACGAGCAUUUGAACAACUGAAGUUAGAAGCCGAAUUCCGUAAACUUAUAGAGAGAACCGGAAAUGAUGUACGAAAUGAAGAAUCCCUCAAAUAUUUCCAGCAUAUGUUGGAAAUGAAGCAAAAUAUAGACUACUUAAACAGCAUCCAAAAGAAAGAAUUACGUAACAGUUCUAUCGAAAGCAAUUCGCCUAGUGUCAAGAAAGAGACUUUAUCCCCAGAAUCUAACCGCUACAGCCCUGAACAACACUCUCCCCAAAGAAGUUCUCCCACCGAAACCUCUGGACCCGGUCACCAAUCUACCUCAUCCAGCCCUGAGUCUAUAAUCAACCCUGUCACGUCAUCUCCAUUGAACCAUCUUCAAAACAUGCAGCCUUUUGACUUUCGAAAACAUAGUCAUAAUAACCCAGCUCACAAUGCAAAUGAUGCUACGCCAAGCAAAGAAAUUCAUAGCCACCAAGAGGCAGCAGAUCUCAUGAGAAGUCAAUUUUUUAACUUCCAACUUCCAUCCAACUUACCAAUUCCCAACAUGACCAUGCCGUCUACGUUUUCACACCCAGCAGCGAUGGUAGCGGCACUUAGUCAAAAUCCUAUGGGAUUAGCAUCAUUACAGGCUCUGUUGCCACAAAUGUCUGCAAAACCAAGUGAUCGCACCGAAAGCAAGUCGAACGUAACCAAAGAUAGGUCUGAUGAUGAAAACGUUUUGAAUCUUAGCAAAGAUGCAUACACCGAAGCACAGCAAACAAGAGAUGUGAUGAUAAACAAAUGCUUAAGCCCACCAAAGCGUCAAUGGAAUUCAUCACACUUACCCCUAAAUUUAGGGACUCACUUUAUCAAUCCUACUACGGGAAAGAAAAGAGUUCAAUGCAAUGUUUGCCUCAAAACCUUUUGCGACAAGGGAGCUCUGAAAAUACAUUUCUCUGCUGUCCAUCUUCGAGAAAUGCAUAAAUGUACUGUUGAGGGUUGCAGUAUGAUGUUUAGUUCUAGAAGAUCAAGAAAUAGACACAGUGCCAACCCUAAUCCGAAGUUACACUCGCCGCAUUUAAGAAGAAAAAUUUCUCCACAUGAUGGUCGAAGUGCUCAAUCCCACCCAAUGUUAAUAUCACCACAUACUACGGGAUUAAAUAUACCACCUGUAAUGAAUCCUAUGCACGCCUUUAACUCGUAUCCACUUCUUAAUUCUUCACAAAACAUGAGGCAGUUUUCGCAUCAUAUGCAUGUGGAUUAUAAAAACAAUAUAAGUGUGAACUUUCCUACAUUAGAACACACUCAUAUUUCACGAAGAGAAUCAAGCUCAGUUGAAAUGAAAGAUCACGAAAUGCAAGGUGAAUCUGAUGAAGAUGACGGAAUCGUUGUCGUAGCAGGUGAUGAUGAUGAAUAUGACAACGAUAAUAAUAUAAAUCAGGACGGUUAUUAUUCGCAAUUGAAUAAGACAAGUAAAACCCAUGAUGAUUCUGAAACAGAGUAUGAUCACGGGAGUAUUAGUGAUAAUAAUGAUAGUUUUGAAAAAAGCGAUGGAAAGAAAGAUGAAAAUACAAACCAAGAAGUUAUGAAGAGAAAGAGAAAAAAUUUAAAUCCUAUUCGGUUACCUCAUAAUUUUUCUUCAAAUGAACUUGCAAAAGAUGACACUGAUGAGAAGAAUGAAAAUGAAGCUCUUAAUUUAAAGAAAGUAAAAUACGAUGACUCAGGAGAUAGAAAAAAUGCACCUCGUGAUUCAUUAGAUAGUGGCUCCCCAUCUCAAGAACGUUUAAAAAUCAAACAGGAGCCAAUUGACAACGAAUCUAUAACUGAAAAACCAUGUAUUAAAAAGGAACCUGUUGACAUUGAAAGUAAUAAGGACAUAUCUUAUUCAUCUAAUCAUUUUUCAUCCGAGAAUUCACUGAAAAAGCUAGAAAGUUUAUCCAAAGGCAAUUUUCCUAAUACUCCAAAGAAAGCUGACUUACAGAAUCCAGUGGGCCCUUACAACCUCUGCGUGAACGACUUUACUGACUUCUCUGAUAGAUCCCCAUCCUCAUCUGUCUCAAGUUACGAUUACAACACAGAAGAUAAUCAAGGCCAGAUCUACGGCCAUUUUGAUGAUGGGUUCUUCAUUACAACAACAGACAUUCCCAUCGACGCUGAAAAUCCAUUGAAAUGUAAAGUAUGUGACAAAUUAUUUCAAAACAUAUUCAUCAUAAAAACGCAUUACCAAAAUGCGCACUUAAAAGUCAUGUACAAGUGUAAUAAUGACAGAUGCAAAGCUGCAUUUUCAACACGACGAAGCAGAGACAGGCACAGCGCAAACACCAAUUUACAUAAACGAGUUUUAUCUGACGUAAGAUCUGAUGACUACAACAUAGUAGAAAAAACACGAGAGCAGAUAGAACUAAUGAUGAAAUACAGCGAAGACGAGCGACCUAUACCCUACAUAGAAUCCUCGAAGUACUACAGAGUUAAUGAUAUAAAACCAAAAAAUUUGAAUCAUAUACCUCUAAGUGCCACUUACCCACCGCUGCUACCGGAAGCGUAUUUAAAUCGAGACUUGUUCAAUCAAAAUCCAUUUCUAUUCACACCAUUUGGCAUGUUACCAAAUUUCGCUCCGUUGCCAUUUAGUUUCUUGCCACCGAACAUUAAUGCGUUCGCUCAGAAUUAUUCGCCGCCACCAAAACUGAAUUAUUACAUAGACGAGGAAGCACCUCGGCCGAAUAGAGAUGGGUAUUACCCAUGUCGGGGAUGUAGAGAGAGCUUCAAAGAUCUGAUGGGUUUGAAGGCGCAUUGUGAGUCGGCCCAUGCGCACCUAUUGCAUCGGUGCUCGGUAAAUGGAUGCAAUGCAGCGUUCUUUUCGCGGACAAAGAGAAAUUCCCAUACUGAAUCUCACUACCCACAAAGAUCCGAAAAGAUUACAUUGUGA